UGCCUUGUGAUGUCCCUCAGCAGCUUCGCCAAGCAGCUCCCUCACUGCCUGCCUCUUCCUCCUUCAGAAAAAAGAGUGGUCUGCAACUCUUCCUCUCUCCGUGAAUUUCCCACCGGCUUCCCCAAUGAUACCCAGACGGUCUACGUUCAGUUCACCCAGCUCUCUAGCCUUGGUUCGGAGGCCCUCCAGGGUCUUCCAAACUUACAGGGGCUUCAUCUGUCGGACAACCAGCUGAAGACCCUUCCGAGUGGCCUCUUCCGUAACCUCCCCCAACUGCACACCCUGGAUCUCUCCAGAAAUCUCCUAAAAGAUCUGCCUCCGGAGAUCUUCACCCACGCAAUUAGCCUGGCCUAUUUAUCCCUCAGUAAAAACCAGCUAGCUGAAUUGGACCCCUCCUGGUUCGAAACCUUGGAGGACCUCAAGUUCUUGUACCUCGACCACAAUGAGCUGAAGGAGAUCCCAGGUUCCAUCUUCCAGAAGCUGACGAUGCUCCUCUCUCUGGACCUGUCCUCCAAUCUCCUCCAUUGUCUGUCUCCAAAGUUGUUCAAAGGCCUUCCCUAUUUAAAUGUUUUAAACCUGAAGAAUAACCCAAUCCGGUCCAUCGCCCCCAAUACUUUCCACAGGAAUUCCGGGCUGUGGGUGCUCUCCCUGAGGAACUGCAGCCUGACUCACGUUCCAGUUGGGCUCUUCCAGCCAUUGAACCGUCUGGGACGAUUGGAUCUCUCCGCCAACGAAAUCACCGCCCUGGAGCCUUCAUUCGUCAACGUGUCUUCCGAUUUCACUCUUGAUCUUUCCGGAAACCCAUGGGCGUGUGACUGCCGCAUGCACGCUCUCUUAAACUGGGUCCAGGGAGGCGACGUUGAUUUGUUCUCCAAGCAGGAUGUUGUCUGCGCUUUCCCGAAAAGUUUGAAUGGCCAAGUUGCAACUUCCCUCAACGGAUCCCAACUGUGUCCCUGCUAAAGCUUCAGGACGGGUCUUUUUCCAACCUGCUCAGCUGGUAUGCCUUAAGACGGUUGGACUUCAUAAAGAGUUUAUUGGUUUUCU